AUGAAUAAUUCUGGGUCGUCACAAUCAGAGCUUGACGAUGAGGAGGAGGAUCAGCCAUAUGCGGAGUUUUGGAUGGGCAGCCACGUGUCUGGACCCUCUUUCAUUGUUUUGGAUGGUUCAGAACAAAGAGUGACCCUUAAAUCUUGGCUUUUGGAGAAUCCUAACGUGCUUGGACCAAAGGUUGUGGAGAAGUGGGGUGGUGAUCUUCCCUUCUUGUUUAAGGUGCUGUCCGUGGACAAGGCCUUGUCUAUACAGGCUCACCCUGAUAAGAAUCUGGCCAGAACAUUGCUUAAGUUGCACCCUGAUGUUUACAAGGAUGGGAAUCACAAACCAGAAAUGGCUCUGGCAGGGACAGAGUUUAAGGUUCUAUGUGGAUUGGUCACUCUUAAGGAGCUUAAGGCCGUGCUUACUGUCCCUGAGGUUGUGGAGCUGGUUGGUGUUGAAAAUGUUAACUUGGUGUUACAAAUCACUGAUGAGGAUGGUGAAGAGAAGGUUAAGGCUAUUUUGCAGUCUCUUUUCACUGACGUCAUGUCAGAAAGUAAAGAGAGUGUAACUGGUGCAGUAGACAAACUGAGAAAUCGUCUGCAUAAGGAAAGUCAGGUGAGGCAGUUGACAGAUAAGGAGCAACUGGUACUGUGGUUGGAAAAGCAAUAUCCAUCUGAUGUUGGUGUCAUAGCAGCCUUCUUUCUUAACCAUGUGAAACUCGCUCCGGACGAAGCCUUAUUCCUUGGAGCAAAUGAACCUCAUGCAUAUAUCUAUGGUGAGUGCAUUGCAUGCAAGGCAACUUCUGACAAUGUUGUAAGAGCUGGCCUCACUCCCAAACACAGAGAUGUCCAGACUCUUUGUUCCAUGCUCACAUACAAACAGGGGAAACGGUAGUGUUCCCAGCAGUUCCUGGUCCUUCUAUCUUUUUGGUCACAGUUGGGGAAGGAAUGAUGAUCAAUACAUAAUCACCAAAAGGGUAUACAAUCACUGAAGGGGAUGUUCUUUUUGUGGCUGCCAACACUGAGAUAACUGUUACUAGUGCAUCUCGGUUGCAUCUAUUUAGGACCGGGGUUAAUAGCACAUUCUUUCAAGCUUCCUAAUGUGACUAUGACUCAUAACAUAUUUUUUGAGAGCCAAUCAUGUAAUUGUGUACAUAUAUUAGUAUUGUACAUUCAAGAAUAAUUGAAACACAUUAUAGAUAGAGAAAAAGUGCAUUAAGAGAGUGUGCAUUAAGAGAGUUGCAUUGUCUUAUAUUUUUCUUAUAUCAUAAAAGUCUUUUCAAUUGUAUGCCUAUUUUUUUAUGUCUAGAUAAA